AGGUGAUUCAGAAAGUGUAGGCACACCUUUCACCUCCCUUAGAUACAUAGCUGGUGCAUCUGAGCGGCUGAGCCUAUAGUUCGCAACGCCACCGGCACCGGGUCUUAGCCAAGUGCAUCUGAGCCUAGUACGAAUGCUUCGGGUUCAAGCCAAGAAACCCAAGUAGAGAAUCUUGAGAAUUAUAAUGGUAGUGGGUAGGGGUGUUGAAAUAUCAGAGAAAAGUUUGCAGACUCCACUUGUGGGAAGUAGCAACUGUCAUUCUCAUUUCUCGAGUGCAAAGGAGAAGAAAUGCAAUCGAUGAGGAGCAGCCAUUGAUAUGAAGCAAAUUUGGUGGGACCAAGUGAGUGCCAAUUGCCAAAACACUCUCACUUCUGCAAAAAAGACAGAAAUUGGCCAGCAGAGACAGAUGACCUUUCUCCUAUAUAUAAUACAGAAGAUGUGUUUCUUUGAACACCACAAGCCUUGGUGCACAAUGGCAUCAAACUCAGCAAUCUCACAAGCUUUCCUGUUAUCAUUAAUUUCAAUGCUGGUGGUUGGAACAGAUGCUGGUGGAAUCGCAAUCUACUGGGGUCAGAAUGGAAAUGAGGGUACUCUGGCACAGACUUGUGCCACGGGUAAGUAUGCCUUUGUUAACAUAGCUUUCCUUCCAACCUUUGGCAAUGGUCAAAAACCAGUGAUGAAUCUUGCUGGCCACUGUGAUCCAUCCAGUAAUGGGUGCACCAGAUUAAGCUCUGAAAUAAAAUCAUGCCAAGCAAAAGGAAUUAGGCUGAUGCUCUCUAUUGGAGGAGGAGCAGGGAGCUACUCCCUUUCUUCAACUGAUGAUGCUAGACAAGUUGCAAACUAUCUUUGGAAUAACUUCUUGGGGGGGCAAUCCUCAUCUCGCCCUCUUGGAGAUGCUGUUUUGGAUGGAAUUGACUUCGAUAUUGAAGGAGGAACAACCCAACACUGGGAUGAGCUUGCAAGGUAUCUCUCUGGAUACAGCCAACAGGGAAAGAAAGUGUACUUAACCGCAGCCCCUCAGUGCCCUUUCCCUGAUGCUUGGAUGGGAGGUGCCCUUAAGACAGGCCUGUUUGAUUAUGUAUGGGUACAGUUCUAUAACAACCCUCCAUGCCAAUAUACAUCAGGUAGUAUUGACAAACUUGUAAGCGCAUGGAAUCAAUGGAAUUCUAUUCCUGCCACCAAAAUCUUCUUAGGGCUUCCUGCAGCACCUAAUGCAGCUGGAAGUGGCUUCAUUCCUGCUGCUGAUCUAACUUCUAAAGUGCUUCCGGCCAUUAAAGGGUCUGCCAAGUAUGGAGGUGUGAUGCUGUGGUCUAAAUUCUAUGAUGAUCAAACUGGCUACAGUUCUUCCAUCAAGAGCACUGUCUAGAAAUCUGAAUACCCUUUAAGUGAUGCAUGUAAUAAUCUCAAAGUGGAAGACUUCCUAAAUCUUCCAUAUGUAUUUUCUCUACGGCUAUAAAAUGUGCCACGAAUAAAACUGUUAAAGUUUGUAUGAA